CAUAAUGUCUCUGAUUUCCUGAUCUCCCAAUGUUUCAAGUAAACCAAUAUUUGUAAGAAUGCAUACUAUAUUUACUAAUACAACCUUGUGUAUGUAGUGGUAGUGCUGUCCAGAGGUAUAUGCUGUUUGCUACAGUGAAAGACAUUGUUAUGUGUAUAAAGCUUCUUUCAAGCCUGAGGUGUUCUGAGUUUACUCAGUCUGUUUAAAAGCAGAGGGACUGUUUGGAGAUCUCACAAAACUGCUACGGGGUGGUCCUAUUUGAGAGGAGGAUGACAGAACAGAAAAGGGAAUGGACACAAAAAGGAGAUGGUCUUUAAAGAGCAGACACUUCAGUGAAGGUGAGACACAGAAAGAAGCAUUCGAUUCUGGGAGAGGGAAGAAGUCGACAGAGAUCAAGAGAAAACCAUGGACACAUAGUAACUUGUGUCCUUCUUUUAAAAAGAUAAUCUAAAAACGGAGAGACCAACCACAGAGAAGAGAACACUGGGCACAUUUAGAAGUAGAGGCAAACUCUUAUGAAAAACAGAAAUUGAUGAGGACAGAGGAGGAAGGAAGUGUCACUGACUCUUCCAACUAUCGUGGGAAACUCCCAAAUAUAGAAUCCAGGGGAAAGACAAGUGCUCCCAUCAUCAUUCUUCUUCCAAAACAUUCUUCCCCUCUCAAGCGCUUAAAAAGACACUCUCAGUUCUCUUUCCUGCUCAUAUCAUCCACUUGCUCUCUGCACUAAGUGCAAGUGUGUGGCUCUCAGAUGUCCGGCUCUCUGCCCUUCCCUUCACCCUCGCCCUUUCCCUCAUGUGACUACAGAGAAUGGUCUGCAACCUGGGUGCUGAUUCCGAGCGUGUACCUCCUAGUGUUUGUCGUGGGUUCCCUGGGUAACGGCUUGGUGCUAUGGGUGUUCCUGGACCGCCAAGCGAGAGGCCGCGGGAGGACAGCAAGCAGUUCCAAAUCUUCCCAGACCACCGAGUCACUUCCUUGUCCCUCCCCUACAUCUUCUCGAACAGUAACAGAGUCUUUAAUAGCCAGUCUAGCGUUGGCUGACCUGGCGUUCGUCAUGACCCUGCCGUUGUGGGCGGCAUACACAGCGCUGGACUACCACUGGCCCUUUGGCCAUGUCCUGUGUCAGGUGAGCAGUUACAUUGUGGCACUGAACAUGUAUGCGAGUGUGUUUUCUCUGACUGGGCUCAGUGUGGAGCGGUACUGCGUCAUCACACGAAAGCGUGGCAGUGGCUCAAAGCAGGGGCGGUCAACCACACGCGCCAAGUGGAUUGUGGGUAGCGUGUGGCUGGCGGCUGGAAUCCUGGCACUUCCUGCUCUACUUCUGCGGACUGUUAGGGAAGUAGAUAUGGAAGAGGGAGAAGAUGGUGAUGGGCAGGACGGACACGUGUCCUCCUGCUUAUGUGACAUGGACUAUUCCAGCUUGAUCUCAAGUGAGCUGGACCCAGCAGCUUCGGAGCAGGUGGAGCUGAUGUGGUCAGCAGCUUUGGGGUUAAAAUCAACUCUGCUUGGCUUUCUAUUACCUCUUGUAGUGCUCCUCCUCUGCUAUGGCUGGCUAGGGCGACUUCUUUCCCGACACUUCAGCCUAGGCCCGCGUCCUGAUCAUACACGCCAACGCAGGCUCCUCCGUAUCAUCAUCACCCUUGUGCUGGCCUUCUUCCUCUGCUGGCUUCCCUUCCACACCAAUAAGACACUCUCUGCUAUGGUGGAACUGGGCAUCCUUCCCUUUUCCUGCAGUUUCGACCAGUGGUUGGUGGCGGCCCAUCCAUACUCCAUCUGUCUGGGCUACGUGAACAGCUGUUUAAACCCUCUGCUGUAUGCUUGCUGUGAUCCAGCUUUCCGGAAGCACUGCAGCGGUCUCCUUGUGUGUGCAUGGGUCAAAUGCAGAGGUCAGAAGGAAGGAGAAGAGAACGAAUACCACAAAAGUUCACCAAUACCAUCUGGGACACAUGAAGUGACAGUUAGUAAAGAAGAUCAAUGAAGAGAGAUUUAUUUGGCAGACUCUGUGACAGCUGAACUGUUUCUGUGGAAAAUUCUCAGAGGACUGUGAGGAUCAGUUUAUUCUUUCCAUUCAUCUGUGAGAUUUAGCAUGAACUUCACCCCCUCAAGAAAACAAGAUGCCAACAUAGUGUGGGAACUGAUAAACAGACAGGAUCCAGUGAAGGUUUUCCCAUGACAUUAUGCCUGAAGAGUAAAGAGGAGCUUUCAAACUCAAGAUGAAAUAAAGCUGCAUUUCCCAACUUUAUGGUGCCAUUCAGACUGUUUGUACAGUGUGGGCAUGUUGUUAAAUUAUGAACUGCUUAAAGUAUGAUAUUAGGCCUUAAAUGCAAUCUUUUUUUCCUUUUUUUAUACAUUUAACCAAACUUUGAAAGCCUGUUUAGCCCUAUCAUUGAUUUCAGGAUCGAUAGGCAUGUAUUUUUGUAUUUAAGAAUGUACAAUUAUGAAAUAAAAAAACAAAAAAAAAGUGUU